ACACUGAAAACGCGUUCGAUCUGUUGUGUUUUAUUCUAACCUCUUCACGGUAAUGUCGAUGUUUCUUCGUUAAUAAAAGUGUUAAUUAUAAAACUUCCUUAAAAAUAUAAAAUAAUAUAGAAGUUUAACAUUUUUUUUAAUUAUGGAUAUCAGACCAAAUAAUACAAUUUAUAUAAAUAAUCUAAAUGAAAAGAUAAAAAAGGAAGAAUUAAGAAAAUCGUUAUAUGCAAUAUUUUCUCAAUUUGGACAGAUAUUGGAUAUAGUAGCAUUAAAAACAUUAAAAAUGCGUGGUCAGGCAUUCGUCAUUUUCAAAGAAAUAGCUAGUGCAACGAAUGCCUUAAGAUCUAUGCAGGGAUUUCCUUUUUAUGAUAAGCCAAUGAGGAUACAGUAUGCUAAGACAGACAGCGAUUUAAUUGCAAAAAUGAAAGGCACUUUUGCAGAACGCCCCAAAAAACCAAAACGUGUAGUACCAGCUGCAGAUGAAGAAGCAAAACGUGCAAAGAAGCGUGCUAAGGAACAAGCGAAACAUUCACAGCAAAUUGGAUAUCAUCCUGGUGUACCGCAACAUCCAGGAUUAGUUAAUACAGCUGUACCUGAACAACCACCAAAUCAAAUUUUGUUCCUUACAAAUCUUCCUGAUGAAACUAGUGAAAUGAUGUUAUCUAUGCUUUUCAAUCAAUUUCCUGGUUUCAAAGAAGUUCGUUUAGUGCCGAAUCGGCAUGAUAUUGCAUUUGUUGAGUUUGAAAAUGAAGUUCAAUCAGGUGCUGCCAAAGAUGCACUUCAAGGAUUUAAAAUUACACCUUCACAUGCAAUGAAAAUAUCUUUUGCAAAAAAAUAAUUACAAAGACUUUAAUCUUAUGAUUAUUAAUGAAAUAAAUGUGUAAACAUUAAAUGCAAAAAUAAUGAGAAAGUUAUCAAACUGGACAUGUAGUCAUAUUUUAAUAAUUUUUAUACAAUAUAGUUUCUUGAAUAUAAGAAGUAUUUAUUAUUAAGUAAUAAUUAUGCAUAGACCAAUCAUUCUGUGAAUCAUGUUUCUAAUAUUAAAAAUAUUUUUCACAAUAUGAUAAAUAUAUACACGAUUUUGUUCCAGGAUACAAUUGAUCUUGCUUUCGCUUAUGAUAGUUUUACUAUUUAAAGCAAUUUAUCAACUUCAAUUUUAUAGUGGUUUACGACAAAAAUAAUUACAAGCAUAAUUCUUUACUGAUUUUUAUGAACAAAAUCGCAUUUUAAAGAUAAAGGUUUAAGCUAGGGUAUGACUUCCUUGCAUUUUUGAAAAAAUAUUAUUUUCUUUGAAAAAGAUGAUGUUUUUUCGAGAAUAGUUUUUUAAAUAUACAAUAUAUUCUUAUAAACAUGAUUAGAUAAAAAUUAAUAAGAAUAAAUGAAGCGGUAUGUUCUUCCCGUCUACAAAUUUAUCCGUCCAUACAAAACACUCCAGAUUCUAUUAUUUCUUCAACUAUCGCAGCAAAUCUUGUGCCAGUACUGCAUGUACACACUUCACCAUAAAAAGUUCCUCAUUUAUUUUUGCAUUCCAAAAAUAAAGUAAAUCAAACAUUAAACAAAGAUUAUUGUCUCAAUUAUGAUAUUGUUAUGCGCUUGAGUAAAUAAGAAUAAAUGAGAAGUAACAAGCAAAAUAAAAAUAAAUGAGAACUAUGUGGAUAUGAUGAUGAACAUAAGUAUAAUAUUAAAUAUAGUAUUUAAUCCGAAAAGAAUAAAUAAGAAGAAAUAAGAAUAAAUAAAAAUAAUAAAGAAAUUAGAAAUUUUCAGAGCGUUUCUCUAAGAAAUUAUAUAAAAAUUUUUCUAUAUCUACACUGUUUAUUUAUUGAAGUAUAAUAAGCAUGUAAAGUGUAAAUAAAUUAGUAAAGUUUAAUGUUCAGUCGAAAUUAGAUUAAAAAGAAGGUUUAUUUUAUAGAGUUUCGCGAAGUAAAUUCCGUAACCGACCUUUAAUAAAUAACUACUGCAAAUUAGAAUCAUUGCAUCAUUGAAGAGGAUCUCAUUCAACUUCAAUGUCAAUCUAUCUCAUUUUCAACCAGCUACGAAUCAUCCACCCUCUAUUUCGACAUAAAUCGCGGAUGAGUGUUUUGAAGCCAUUGCAGAACUUCUUAAGUAGUAAAUGAAUUUUUCAAUUUCUCCGAUUACUCAAUCAUGUCAAGAACGAAAGGUCUGAAUUGGCACAAAUGAUUGGUUGUAAUUAAUUAAUAGAAGAGUAUUGCAUGACCACGAAUAAAUUUCUUAGGAGAUUUA